UCAUGCUGGCGAGGUCACGUCUUCUACACAAAAAAUUAAGUUUGCUCUGUUAAUUUGAAAAUGUCAAGCAGAGUCCGGGUGUGGCUGUGCCUGGGACUGAUGACGGUACAGACCCUCCAGACGGUGGCCUACCUUGGAUCAAGUUUCAAAAUUCUUAACCAGAUGAACGACAUCAGAUUUGACCUGGAGAUUAUAUUUUCACUAUCAACAUGGAGUCCUUUGGACUGUUCCAGGAAGUGUGAGGCCAAUGGUACAUGCUUGUCCUUUCAGUACUUAUCUCUGACCGGUCAAUGUCGACUAUUCAGUACCAUUUUUCUACAUCAGGAUGCUGGAGUGUAUGACAUCGGAUGGCAGUAUUAUAUAACAUCUAAAAGGCGCUGUAGAGACCCGUUCGUUGAUGGUCGUGACUUGGAUAUAUGUUUUAUGUUUGCCGGCUUCCAUAAUUUGCCAGAAGGUAUGGAGAAAUGCGCGGCAACACAGUCAAGCAUCAUCUCCAUCACAUCAACAAAGGAAAACGUUUUUCUGAUCAGAUUAGCUGAAACUCUGACUAAUGUUUCUCUCCCAGAUGUCAGUUACAAGCGGCCAUUCAUUCAGGGAUUCUGGGAUGGAGUGGACUGGAUCUUGGACAACGGAAGUCCACUGGUUUACACAAACUGGGACGUAGACCAGCCAAAGAAAGUUGACGUGAAACAAAACAUAAAAUUGGAGGAUGGGAAAUGGCAAACUUCAAUUGGUUUAAAAAUUCGGCCUAUUUUUUGCAAUUAUAUAUUGUAAUCAAGUUUUUGUAUCAUGCGAAUAAGGUACUGAUAUACAGUAUUUGAUGUACCAUUUAGAAAAUGGGAAGGAUAGCAACCACCAUACACGUAGUCAUUCGUAAAUGAAAGCAGCUCAACAGGGAUCUUCUACAUAAGUUUUAAUUAAGGAAAACAAUCUACAAUUUUUUUUUUUAUUUUCAAUUAAAAAUGGCUUUGUCGAAAAAUCGAAUUAUUACACAUUUCCUGAAUUGUCGUGUUUUAAAAGUUACUGUUUUGAUUUGAAUGUAAUGAAUAAGAUUCAUUAUUAAUUUAAAAAUUACAUUGUUUGUUGUUUGGUAGGUUUGGAAUUUUUUCUGAAUUACCAAUUUUUCAUUUUUUGCUCCUUUUUAAAGAAAUAAGCAGCAAGUGAAAAUGUUUAUCGGAAUACAUGUAAUUGGUUGGUCGCAUGAUUAACUCCGAUGAAGCUUAGACGAUUUGAUCACGUAUCAACCAAGUUGAUAUUCUAUUAAACUCAUUUAAAUUGCUGUGUAUUACAUUUGUUUAUGUUCAAGAACGGCAAAUUGUUAGUAUUACCAUAAAUGCGUUUUUAUGUUUACAAUGAUGCAACCGUCAAACACAAUGCGUGCGGUAGUCAUUGAGACGUCAUUAAAAAUUUCACAUAAAAUGAACAGAUUGUUUUUAUUAUUCUAUGGGUUCGUAUAAGGAAACAUAUUUGCAAAUAUUUACAUGUUGUUGUGGUCUGUGAAGGCCCGUGAUGUUGUACUUUAAAUAAACCUCCUUAACAUUUAAGAAGAUUUGUCGAGAAGAUGGCAUUUUGUAAACUUUUUUUAAAGCUGAAAAUAA